AUGCACCUCGUCGCUCAUUUCUUCCUACUUGCCCUCGCCAUUGAGUGCGUGUGCGCGAGUCAUGCACACCUUGACGACUCCCGCACGCACCGGCAGAGCCAGCACUCGCGUCUUGCACGCCGCGCAAACGGCCGCUGCGGCGCACAGCGCCAGGACAAGGUGCGCCUCCGCACCGCCUCGCCCCCCGUCCGCCUUCCUGACCCCGCACAGACAGAGCAGAACCUGAAUGAUGCGAGCAUCCCGUCCUUCGUGCUCAAUGUCACGUCAAACGUUAUAAAUGUUCAGUCCGCCUGCGGACCCACCGGCGCGACCCCGAAUGUGACACCCAUCAGCGGGCCAAACGGCAACAUCGACUGGCUCAACUGCGGCGUCGGCGACGGUGGCUGGCGACCGCCUUUCGUCACGGCCAACGAUAUUAUCGCAAAGGACCUGGACGCUGCACUACUGGAGCCCGGCUCGCCGUUCACCGCGUGCAGCGCGUACGUUGCGACGUUCAAGAAGUACGCGACCAAGUAUGGUGUCCCCCCGAUCCUCAUCGCAGCUAUUGCGAUGCAGGAGAGCACGUGCAAUGCGAACACGGUCGGCGGCGCGGGUGAGCAGGGACUCAUGCAACUUACGCAAGACAAGUGUGGCAGCGCGCCGAAUGGCAACUGUAAGGAUGUUGACUACAAUAUCAAGACGGGGACAAAAUACUUCAGCACAGUGUUGAAGAACAAUAAUGGGAACGUACUCCUGACGCUCGGGAACUACAACGGCUGGCCGGCGGGCAUGACAUAUUAUUUCAGGGUCAGGCCACUGCACCGGCCAAAGGGCCCUGCUGUAGAUGUCAGAACAACCUCGACUACAAAUGCUGCGACAGAAAGUGCCAACAAAAAGAAAGAGCGAGAUCCCCCGACGACACAAGCCGGCACUGCAGUGGCAAAGGCGCGCGAGGGUGCGCACGGACCAGCGGCUGUUUGCGCAGCUGAGGAGGGCGCCGACCUGCCGCAAAACAUGGACAAUGCACAACGCGUCGACGAUCUGUGGUACGACGACGGCAGUGUUGUGCUGAUCGCCCAAGAUCGUGCUUUCCGCGUCCAUCGAUCUAUCCUCUCCCAACAGUCGUCGGUCUUCCGGGAUAUGUUUUCCAUCCCGCAGUCCUCUGACGUCGUGAAUAUGGACGGCUGCCCUACUGUCGAGCUUGCAGAUGAUGCCUUCAUGCUAGAGCACUUACUUCGUGCGAUCUACAAUAGGUUUUUCUUCUUGCCCUGUGCAACCCAAAGCGCGAACGAGGUGGUUCGCAUAGGAACAUCGAUUGCCUCCCUGUCUCAUAAGUAUGACAUCCCGCCCCUCAUGAAGGAAGCAAUCGUUCGCCUCGAAGAGAUAUAUAGCACCAAGUUCGAGGACCAUAAUCGUUAUCGCGUCGACGAGGAUCCCAUGGAUGACGGCACAGCGAUAUUCGUCAUAAACGUUGCCCGCAGGAUCGAGCCUUCGCCUCUAGAUCGCAUCCUUCCCGUCGCAUUCUAUUACUGUCGCCGUACCGGCCAACUUCCAAUGUCUCCGCUUGUUUACGGAAUCAGGCGGGGGCCUUGCUCCCCUCCAGAGAAACUUUCUGAUGAAGACCUCGCACGCGUGCUCCGCGGGAAGUCGGAGCUGGAGUUGAGCAUGACGCUCGCCUUCACGGAGGUCUUGCUACCUCCAGACGCGAACUUCGGCACUAGAUGCCGCAAUUUGCUGUCAUGCAGGGAUGAGUUGAACCAGCUUAUGCGCUGUGUCAUGGCGUCUAUUCCGACCGCACAGAUUCUGGCCGAUUGUCCUGACCAUUUCUAUACGGGGCUCUGCGUAGUCUGUCGCGAGCAUGUGAAACGCGCCCUAAGCUCAUCGCGACGGAAAGUAUGGGGUAAUUUGAAAGUAUUAUUUGCGUUGUGA